AUGGGCAUAGCGGCGCCACCGUACCAGCAGACCACCACGUACGUGAGCCAACCCACCAAGAGCAGCGCAGCGAUCUCCGCCUCCGCCCGGGCGGCUACCGCGACUUCUAUGUCCCACUCCCACGGAUUCCACCAGGGCAGCAGCGGCGUCUACGGCUACUCCUCCGAUGGCUUCGACCGCCCGGACUCCAGCCACCGCCAGGACCAUCAGCAGCAGCACGAGCACGUGGCGCAGCAGAGCCGCCGCGACAAGCUGAGGGUGCAGGGCUUCGACCCGGCCGCCGCCGCCGGGCACGGCCUGCUCCCUCUCGACGGCGACGAGCAUGGCGGGCCCGGGUCCAUGUACGAGCACGCAGCGGCGGCCGCCGGGGCCUCCAACAUGCUCUCCGAGAUGUUCAACUUCCCCGCGCCGCGGUCGGGGCCCUCCGCCACCGAGCUGCUGGCCAGCCAGAUGAGCGGCAACUACCGCUUCGGGCUACGGCAGCAGCAGGCCGGGCCCGGAGGGGUGGCCGGCUUGUCCGGCGGCGACGGCGGUUGGUUCGGGGCCGGCGCGGCGGGUCGUGGUGGCUUGGUCCUCGGUGGGGCCAGCAUGGGCUCGUUAGGUGAAACGUCGUCCCCGAAGCAGCAGCAAGCAGGCAGCAUGGCUGACCUGGCCACCGACCCGGCCGCCGCGAUGCAGCUCUUCCUGAUGAACCCACAGCAGCAGCAGCAGUCUAGAUCGUCGCCGACGUCGCCGCCGCCGUCGGACGUGCAGCAGCACCACGAGGCGUUCCAGGCUUUCGGCGCCGCCGGGGCCCCGUUCGGCGGCGCCGGGACCGGCGUCGUGGAAGGCCAGGGGCUGUCCCUCUCGCUGUCGCCGUCGCUGCAGCAGCUGGAGAUGGCGAAGCAGGCCGAGGAGCUAAGGGUCCGGGACGGCGUGCUCUACUUCAACCGGCAGCAGCAACAUCAGGGUGGCCCGUCGGUGCAGCAGCAACAGCUGCCGAUGGCAUUGCACGGCCAGGUCGGCACGCUGGGGCAGCAGCUGCAUGUCGGCUACGGCCCGGCCGGCGUCGCGGGCGUGCUGCGCAACUCCAAGUACACCCGCGCGGCGCAGGAGCUCCUCGAGGAGUUCUGCAGCGUCGGGCGCGGGCAGAUCAAGGGCGGGCGUGGGGCCUCGGCCUCCAACCCUAACGCGAGCAACAAGGGCGGCGCCUCCAGCUCCGGCGCCGCGCAGUCGCCGUCGUCCGCGUCCAAGGAGCCCCCUCAACUGUCCCCCGCCGACCGGUUCGAGCACCAGCGCAAGAAGGCCAAGAUCAUCUCCAUGCUCGACGAGGCACGUCCACUGUCUCAUCGUCCACACACACACACGAACUCCAUCCCCUCCACUUCCUUCUUCCUCUCUCUAGCUUGCAUGCAUGGGUUUGCUGACGCCAUAGCUAGCUAA